AUGGAAGAUGGCACACACGACAGAGCGCUCUUGUUGCAAGAGGCUAUCGGGAGGGAAGGAGGGGCUGGUUCUCUGCUGCCUCGGCACAAGCGCCGCCGGGGCCUCCUCGCCCCGCGCGCCCUGAGGGAGGCGGGGGCCCCGCGGCACCGGGGAGGGGAAAGGGCCGAACAUCCCAGCCCACCCCAUUGCGCCUCGUUCCCAAUAGAUCGGUUCGCGCCCCUUUUCACUGCUAGCAGCCCCCGAUCCCGACCGCCGCUCCCCUCCCCCCCUCGCGAUCCCGGCACUAACGCCUCUCGUCCUCCCCGCCGCCAUCACCGCCAGCGCCGCUUCCGCCCCGCGAGGCCCCUCCUGCGCGGGCUGCCCCGCGCGCAGCCUGACCCCUCGCCGCUACCUCCGGUGCUUCCCGCUCCGCGGCGGCUCCCACGGGAUUCUCCUCACCCGCAGGGAGCGAGCGCUGCAGGACGCCACGCGCGGAGCCAGCGCGGAGCGGCGCAGGCAGCGCGGCGGACGGGCGGCCGGCGGAAGAGCCGGCGGGAGCCCCGGGGCGGCGCCGUGCGGUGGCGGAUGGAGCUGGUGGCGGGGUGCUACGAGCAGGUGCUGCUGGGGUUCGCCACGCGGCCCGGCCAGUCGUGGACAGUCGUCCCUGAUUUUACACAUCAUGCCCACACUGCCUCGUUGUCAGCAGUAGCAGUGAAUAACAGAUAUGUGGUCACUGGGAGCAGAGAUGAGACAAUCCAAAUCUAUGACAUGAAAAAGAAGAUUGAGCAUGGGGCGCUGCUACAGCACAAUGGCACGGUAACUUGUUUGGAGUUCUAUGGGACUACACAUCUACUGAGUGGGGCUGAAGAUGGACUCAUUUGUGUUUGGAACACAAAGAGAUGGGAAUGUCUGAAAUCCAUUAAGGCACAUAAGGGACACGUGACAUCUCUUUCUAUUCAUCCUUCUGGGAAAUUAGCUUUGUCAGUUGGAACUGAUAAAACAUUAAGAACUUGGAAUCUUGUUGAAGGACGAUCAGCCUUCAUCAAAAACCUGAAGCAAAAUGCACACAUAAUUAAAUGGUCCCCUGAUGGAGAGAAGUAUGUGACCGUGAUAACAAACAAAGUGGAUAUCUACAGACUUGACACAGCUUCAAUCACUGGCACCAUUACAACAGAGAAGAGGAUUUCUUCACUUAGAUUUAUUACAGAUUCUGUCCUUGCCAUAGCAGGAGGUGAUGAAAUUAUUAGGUUCUACAGCUGUGACUCUCAAAAAUGCCUGUGUGAAUUUAAAGCUCAUGAAAACAGAAUAAAAGAUAUUUAUAGUUUUGAAAGAGAAGGACAGCAUGUCAUUGUUACUGCAUCCAGUGACGGUUACAUUAAAAUGUGGAAUCUGGAUCUUGAUAAGAUUAGAGAUGGGCCAUCUUUACUGUGUGAAGUCAAUACCAAAGCUAGGCUGACGUGUCUUGCAGUAUGGCUUGACCAAGCUUCAGAAAAGAAAGAAAACUCUGAAAAAACUGCAACACCAUCUCAAGAAACAGAAGAUGAAAAAUCAUCAACAGCCAGGAUAAACAAAGAUUUUUGGACUACUAAAAGGGUUAAAAUAGCAAAAAGAAAGAGAAAAAUUAUUCCAGAUAAACAAAAGCUGGAAGCUCCAGUGCAAAAGAAGAAAAAGAAAAAGACACAGAAUAGUUCGGCAUGAAGGCAGCUAUUUUUUCUGUAUAAAAAGUAAAUGGUGGUGUUGCCCUAGUUUUUAUAAGAAUCUAAACCCUAACAGAACAUGUACCUCUGAUCCAAUGUAUUGUUUAAAAAUAAUUAAUGUUCUUACCCUAAUAAACUGACUGAUCAUUCUGGGAACUUUCCCUAAGUGAACAAAGCAAAAAUAAAUUCAUAAUAUGCAAUGUUUAUAUUUUUCUAUUCACAAUACCAUACACUUUUUAACUGGCUCUGAAAAAGCCAGCUAAAAUAAUAAAAAUAGCUUCAUCUGU